UGUCUUUACUUAAACAAUCAUUAUCUAACGUCUAAGCCAUUGGUUUUGUUUUUAUUUUUGGUGUUGAGAGCAGAACCUGGGGACAGAGUAGAAGUUAACGAGCCAAUUGCCCAGGUUGAAACGGAUAAGGUACUAACUCUUAGUAGCAGUUCUUAUCUAAGGAAGGAGAUACUGUGGAACCUGACUCAAAGAUUGCUGUCAUAUCGAAAUCUGGUGAAGCUGUAUGUUGCACCAUCUGAUAAGGCUACUCCAUCGCCAUUGUCUCCUGCUGAAGAGGAGGAGGAGAAGCCAAAGCCUAAAGUUGAAACAACACCUGUUGUACAAAAGCCUAAAGAAUCUUCCUUACCUUCUAAAUCCUUCGCUACAGAGCCCCAGCUGCCUCCUAAAGAAAGGGAAAGACGAGUGCCUAUGACAAGGCUUAGAAAACGAGUUGCCACGCCGUUAAAAGAUUCUCAAAACACAUUUGCAUUGUUGACAACAUUUAAUGAAGUUGAUAUGUCAACUAGUCAAGCUGGGUUUCUAGCAUGAGCUAAAUCUACGAAAGGAAAAUCAUUCAAAAGAUAUUGAUCUUUGGUUCGAUUUAGUCAAUCUUGGUUAUUCUUGAAGUAGGAGGUUCUCAACAAGAAUUAUUUAUUUAUUUAUUGUAGCUCCUCAACAAGGAUUGAUUUAUUUCUUUGUCAUGUCUCGAUUCUAUCAAGGGACAUGAAUGUCCUUGAUUCA